AAACAUCUAGUUGUCGUCACUAUAAAUAAUUAUAAUCAUUAGGACCGAAGUUUUUUGACUAAUACAUUCCUCAUAAUGCCCGAAUUUUUAGCAGAGAAUAACCCUUGUGGUCAGCAAAUAUUAAAUCUAGUUUCAUGUGGAAAUGCAAUUAUUGCUGAACUUCUACGAUUAAAAGACUACGUACCAUCAGUUUUUAGACUCGAUUGUAAAGCUGACCAAGUCAAAUAUGCAGAUAUUAUUUUUGAUUUUACAUAUUUCAAAUGUCCUGAGGCACAUGAAGCAAAAAUUGAAAAAAAUACUGAUUUACAAGACAUUGAUGAAGAAUUUAGAGAAAAUAACAUGAAAGUUAUUACCAGAUUUUAUUUUGCAUUCGAAAGUAUCUAUCAAUAUAUAUGUAAUUUAAAUGGAUUUCUGGCAGAACUCAAUGAUGGAGUUUUUAUCCAUCAUACUUUAGAUAGCAUAAUUCAAGAUGCUGAAGGGAAACAAUUACUGUGUGAAGCAUUGUAUAUUUAUGGUGUAAUGCUUCUGGUUGUUGAUAUGCACAUUCCUGGUAUAAUUCGUGAACGUUUAUUGGUCAGUUACCACAGAUACAGCCCUCAAAGGGCACAUGGUGAUGGUCACAUUGAUGAAGUCUGUAAACUUUUAAGAAGCACCGGUCUUAUGGAAUGUAAUGCAAAGAGACCAAACGGAUAUCCUGAAGAAUAUUUUAAGCGUAUUCCAAUAGAUGAGAACUAUGUUGAAGUUAUUUUAGGUCAAUUACGUUUGGAUGAUAUUUACAAUCAAGUCUCUGCAUAUUCACACCCUGGUCAAAGAAGUGCAGCAUUAGCAAAUCAAGCUGCUAUGCUGUAUGUUUGUCUAUUUUUUGCACCUAAUACGCUCCAGUCCCAAACCGCAGUUAUGAGAGAAAUUGUAGACAAGUUUUUUCCAGAUAAUUGGAUCAUUUCUAUAUAUAUGGGUAUCACUAUUAAUUUAAUUGAUAGCUGGGAGCCAUACAGGGCUGCAAAACUUGCUUUGAAUAAUACCUUGGAAAUCUGCAACAUUAAGGAUAUAUCUAUAAAAGCAGGAAAAAAUGUAAAAAAUCUGAUAGUACAAACUAGGAAUAGCUUGAAAGAGGGUGCUCUAACAGAGCAAAUUUUACUUGUUCAUCCUGAACGUAUUUUAAACAUGAUUAGAAAGUGUAAUGUGGCUCUGCGUUGGGUAAUGAUGCACACAAUGCCUUGCACUAUAUCUUGUGACUUGAAUAAAAAAUGCAGACAAAUCAAAGACCAAGUUGUCACUGAUUCUGAUUUGAAUACAUUAGAAAUUUUUGAAUUACUUUUAAACACUGCUCAGUUAGAGUAUAAAGUAAAAGAAAUGUAUAAGAAAAUAAUGACUGAAAAGAUAACUAAGUGGACUAAACAUAAAGAAGACGCUAUAAGUCGUUUAAAUGAGCUAUCUGAGGUAUUCUCUGGAGACACACCUCUUAUGCGAAUAGAAAAAAAUGAUAGCUUAAAAUUUUGGUUCAAAGAAAUAUCAUCUCAAAUUGAUACAUUGAAAAUAGAUGAUAUACAUACCUCAGUUCAUAAGCUAGGACAAUUGAUACAUGCUUUGGACGAGGUUCAGGGUUUCCAUUUACUUGACUCCAGUGCUCAGGUAAAGCAAUAUUUAGUGGAAACUGAAAGUUCUCUAAGACAAAUGAUUAGUAUAAUAAAUAUUAAAGAAGACUUAUUAAUCACUUUGCAAAUAGUUGGUGAUCUAAGUUAUGCUUGGAAUGGAAUUGAGCAUUUUACAAAUAUAAUGCAAGAUGGAAUUAAAAAAGAUCCUUCAUUAGUUAUUAAAUUGAGAGCAACAUUUUUAAAAUUAGCAAGUGCAUUAGAAAUACCUCUUUUGCGUAUAAAUCAAGCACAUAGUGGUGAUUUAGUUUCGGUUUCACAGUAUUAUAGUAAUGAACUGGUUAACUAUGUAAGAAAAGUUUUGCAAAUCAUUCCACGAACUAUGUUCCAGUUAAUGGCAAAAAUAAUCCAUAUUAAUACUUCUAUUCUUCUCGAGUUACCCACCAGACUAGACAAAUCAAGAUUGAAAGAUUAUGCAAAGUUUGAUGAAAGGAUGGAAAUUGCGAAAUUGACACAUUCAGUCUCAAUCCUGACACAAGGAAUACUAACUAUGCAAACAACUUUAGUUGGUGUUAUAUCAAUUGAUCCAAAACAAUUGUUAGAGGAUGGUAUACGCAAAGAAUUGGUUUUGAAUAUAUCAGAUGCACUGCAUAAAGGUUUAAUAUUUAGUGCUAAACCUAAACAGGACGAGUUAUCAGCAAAACUAGAUACUUUAGUGGAUAUAAUAUCAGGAUGCAGACGAUCUUUUGAAUAUAUUCAAGAUUAUGUAAACAUAAAUGGAUUAAAAAUUUGGCAAGAAGAGGUGGCACGAAUUAUAGGUUACAAUGUUGAGCAAGAAUGCAAUAGUUUUCUAAGGAAUAAGGUACAGGACUGGCAAUCAGUCUACCAAAGUCAAACAAUACCGAUUCCUAAAUUUCCGUCAGUUGAUGCUAACUCUAUAAAUUUUAUUGGAAGACUGGCAAGAGAAAUAUGCCGAAUUACAGAUCCAAAGACUACUGUGUAUGUGGAUCUAAGUAUAGCUUGGUUUGACUUUAAGACCCACAAAGAAUUAUUAAAUAUUAAACUUUUUUCUAAAAUCACUCAAUCCAUUGGACCAGCUGGUCUAACAGGUCUUGACCAUUUGUACUCAUUUAUGAUAGUGACAGAAUUACAAACGUUUUUUAAUUCAAUACGAAAGAAAAUACUUCAGAAUCAAAGUUGGACAGAUAUGUUAAAUAGCUUUGAAAAUGAUGUAAAGCCAUAUAAUAAGAAUGUACCCAAUCCAGCAAAACUUUAUGCAAGCUAUACAAACCGAGCAACAAAAGUUUGGCCACAAAUUCUUGACUGGGUACUAAAAGUGGGACAAAUGCAGUUACUGCGCAAGCACAUAGCUUAUGAAUUGAAUAUCAGUUGCAAAUUCAAUUCAAAAAAUUUGGAAUCAUCACUUAGAACAAUGAAUCAAGCUGUCAUGUGUGAAAUCAAAGAGCAUAUGAAAGAUCCCAAAAAGCCUAUGCCACCAGGAGAACUUUUACAUGAGCUAGGUAGAUAUUUGCAAUGGGCAGGACUCACAGAACCAUUUGCACAGAUAUAUAUUACAACAAAAAAUUCAUCCAGUUUUGCGGACCUCUUAUUUUUAUUUUUAAUAGUGCACAUACCAAAGUUCACUUAUCAUAAAAAUAUUGGUGGUUUAAUGGUUCGAAAAAUAGCAGACCACAUAGAUGCAUUGCCAUUAAUUUGCGGUGUGCAAACAAUAUUACGCCAAUGCCAUGCAGAAAUCAAGAAUAAAUUUUUGGCACUCAUGGGUCAAUAUGUACUUUCAUUUAUAACACAUGGAUUAAGUGCAAGGAGUUCUGAAUUUCCGCAAGAAGCAAUAACAACUUUGCAUUUUUUGAAAAUAUUUAUCAAGCAUGCAAGUAUUCCAAAGAAGGAAUUAUAUGAAUAUAUACCAGAAGCUAUAUUUAGUCAAUAUGAAUAUUUGGGAACAAAAGUUUAAGUAUUCUACACUAAGUUUAUGAAGA